AUGUCCAGACCACUUGAAGGAAAGCUAGCCAUCGUCACUGGGGCCUCGCGGGGCCUUGGAGCUUGCUUAGCCCGCCACCUGGCCACCAAAGGAGCGAAUGUGGUCAUCAACUAUACUUCAGAAUCGUCGACAGCUGCCGCGAAACAUCUUGCACAAGAGAUAGAAACUAGCCAUUAUGUGAAAAGCGUCGUUGUCCAGGUCGACAUAACCACAGUUGAAGGCCCCGGAAAGCUCAUCGAAGCUGCAAAAUCGACAUUUACCAAGGACGGCAAAUUUCAGAUCGACAUCCUCGUCAACAACGCAGGCGUGGUAAAUCCAGCACCGAUGGGCUCAGUCACGCUAGCGGACUUCAACGUAACCUUCGAUCUUAAUGCUCGCGCUCCGCUUUUCGUCGUCCAGGCCGCGUUGCCGUACCUUCCCAACGAUCGUUCAGGACGUAUCAUCAACGUUUCUAGUAUCACAACUAGCAUGGGGUUCUGGUGGCAAUCGAGCUAUGCUGGCGCCAAAGGCGCUCUCGAAGCCAUGACGCGAGUUUGGGCGCGUGAACUCGGCGAACGUUGUACAGUCAACUCAAUCAAUCCUGGUGCCAUGGCCACAGGCAUGUACACUAGUCUGCCACAAGAGAUGCUAGAAAAGGUAUGGUCGCUCAACUACAUGGCGCCAUUGGCGGCACCUAGAGAAAGCGUCGAUUCGCCUGAGACUGUGGAGGCUGCAAAAGCCCUUGGUGGACGACCCGCGUAUCUGGAGGAGGUUGCAGGGAUUAUUGGUUUGCUGUGUAUGCCUGAGGCUGGAUGGAUCACCGGUCAGGUGAUUGGAAGCAACGGUGGCGGCGUGAUGACAAAGGGGUAG